ACGAAUGUGUGUUGAUCGGAGUUUGGAGUUUGAAGUUUUAGUGUUGAGUGUUGAUUUUCCCUUGCUUCCUCCAUACAUUCCAAAGUGUGUGUGCCCAAAUCCCAAAAUUUAAUCAACAAACGGAGCAAUAAUUAUGACGCUGUAGGAAUUAUUAACGACACCAUCAUCCCUUCACCAAAAAAGGGCGUCUCCAUGACGACGUUGUGAGAGUGUGUUUGUGUGUGCGCUCGUGUAUGAGUAAAUUUUACGCAUCGGGAAACCGGCUCAGGAACCGUGAAUUUGUAUGCGCUCGUGACAAACACUGCCAACAGAGACCAACAACAAGUGUGUUUACAUUCGCUCGCUACUGACAGGCACCGCUGGGCUGGUAUUAUUGCGCUAUCGGAAACAGCAUUUGCCGAAAUAAGGCGCCGCGGCUUGUGACCACCGCUAAAUAAGUGUCGGGAGUGUUCGCGACAUACAAAAGCCCCAAUCCCGACGCGGUUCUAUUCGCGUAUCAAGUUCGAUUCGAUUGCAGACGGCAAAGUGAAUCAGUCUCGAGCAGGCCGCAGCUCAGUUUCUCUUUGUUUGGUGUACAAAGGGGUGUGCCACUGUGUGUGUUUCCUGCUUCCGGUUUUUAUGCACAAGCAGAAAGAAGAUUCUUGGAAGAAAGUGUGUCAGUGUGGGAGUGUAUGUAGAUGAUUCACGAUCCCAAUCCACCCAUCAUCAGCUGGAACCGUUCGUGUGUGCGAAGUGAACAGAGUCACAUUGAAGUGUCCGCUUGCCUGGUGCUUGGCGUGUGUGUGUGAGCUUGUGUGUGCCGUGUGACGAUCCUGUGCUUUUUUUCAACCCCCCUUAAGCUACCACCUCCCCCCUCUCCCAAUUCUAACACACGCCCCUUGCGGGGGAAUCCUUGCUGUGACAGAGGCAAUCGCACCUUUCCCACCUUAAACCUUAAAGGAACGCGGCAGGAAAUAAUACCCCACGAGCACAGGAUGGCCAUGUUCGAUCUCGAUCGUCUCAUAACCGAUCUCUUCAAGACGACCGUCCUGCCCGGGAUAGCGAUCGGGCUGUGGUUGACCGAUUUAAUCGGUCGAUGUACGUGUGCGGUUGCGGUGCUGCUAUUUCUCGUCGGGUUCGUCAUACUACCGAUCAUCUUCAAGUAUUCGUACGCACUCCAGAAAAGCAUCCUCUUUCUCACCUUCAUAACCUACCCACCGAACCUGGACCUGAAGCGGCCGGAAAAGAGUGGCCUGUACGCGACGAGAAACUUCUACGUCAACCAUCACGACCACGAGGAGGACCUCGAGGUGAACGUUGCCGUGUGGCACGUGCUGCCGCUCGAUUUGGUGCGCCGCUAUGCAAAGGAAUUGCACGUCGACGAGCGAACGAUAGCAAACAAAACGCUCCCGACGAUCGAUGGCACCACGAGCAACGGUGGUAGCAUCGUUGCCGAUGAAAAACAUCACGCCGGUGAUCGUUACAAAGGGAUCGAAAAAGUGCUGCGCUCGGACGGGUUUCAGCUAACCGAUGAGAAACACCAGCGCGACCUGUUCGAGGAGACGCUGCGGGCCACGACGAACGAUGUGGUGUUGUACCUGCACGGAAAUACGGCAUCGCGCGGCGCCCCGCACCGGGUCGAGCUGUACCAGAUGCUACGGGCGCUGAACUAUCACGUGAUAGCGAUCGACUACCGUGGGUACGGUGAUUCGGCCAACCUGUCGCCGUCCGAGCUGGGCGUCGUGUACGAUGCGCUGGCCGUGUAUCAGUACAUCACGAGCAUCACCAACAAUCCGGUCUACCUGUGGGGCCAUUCGCUCGGGACGGGCGUUUCCACGCAUCUGCUGUCGCUGCUGACCGAGAUGAGUCUGCCCGGGCCGAAAGCGGUCGUGCUGGAGAGUCCGUUUAACAACAUCAAGGAAGAGAUAUGUGCCCAUCCAUUUUCAAAGUUAUACCGUCACCUGCCAUGGUUCGACUACCUGAUCUCCAGACCAAUGUACAAGAAUAAGCUGCGCUUCGAGUCCGACCAGCAUAUUGCCGAGUUCCGCCAGCCGGUGCUGAUACUGCACGCGGAGGACGAUCUCGUGGUGCCAUUUGAAUUAGGCUAUAAGCUUUACCGCAAAGCGCUAGACACGCGGGGCAAAUCGUGGGGCCCGAUCGAGUUCCAUCGGUUCGAGAAGAGCAGCCACUACGGCCACAAGUACAUCUGCCGGGCGCCGAAUCUGCCCGAGAUUAUUGUGCGCUUUUUCCACGCGUACCGCGACGCACAAUACUGAGGCGGUGAGAGGAGACAAUUGUGGCAAAUUGCAACGUUGCAUAUAAGUUACUCGUUUUUUGUUACGUUAGGCUGUAGUUAAGUGGACUGAGUGAAAAGUGUCUAGAAGGAAGUGCUUUCGCAGGGUGUUUAUGCUGUGUACCGUGUAGUGGCGCGUACCGCAGUUGACCAAAUGUUGCAACACAUCGUUCGAAUUUAGCCAGUGUCAGGGUUUAUUAAGGGCGUAGAGAAAUUUUCGAUUUCCCCCACCCCGCGGAAAGUAAUUAGAUAUAACGGCAUGUAUUUCGGUCGAUUUAGCUUACGAGUGUCUACAUGAGAGAUUCGUUUUUAGAUGAACUAUUUCGUAGAAGUAAUCAGUCUGAACAAUAAAUGAACUAAAUAAGGAAAAAAACGUUUCCAUCAGCUAA